AUGGCACCAUGGCAGAUGAAGCCCCUGCCGCCAUGCCCUCCCCCAGAGCGGCAGCACCGACACACCCCGAUCCCGAGCGUGGCCGGCCAUCGCCGCCGCUCGAGCUUCCCCACCGGCCGCCAGACCGUGCACAAGACCCACCAGCUCACGGGGUGUGACGUAGACGUGCAACAGUAUGACGGCCCGCUACUGUCUCCGCGGCGGCGCAGGGCAAAGAUCGGCUUCAGCGACCGAUGGGUAGCUUGGGACUAUCACCACUUCGCGACGGAGCUGGCAGCGUGCCGCGCACCCACCUCGUCGUCUUCGGCAUCCUGGUCGUCCGAAGCGGCGGCGGCGGCGGCAUCAGACAACUACUACCAUCACCGUCACCACCACCGCCAUAACCACAUGUACUCGGGUCCACCGCCGUCACUGAAGCAGUCUACCGCCUCAUCCUAUUCCUCCCGGUCGUAUCCCGGGCAAGGUAGUCGUGGUAACAAUGGUACCAUCGGUGGUGACGAUGACGGUCAGGCUACCUGCGGGUAUCCGUCCCGUCGAGACGGGACGCAGCGUCCGAGUCUGGGCAGCGCGUUUGGCAGCGACUCGGGUGACGGUGGAGGUGAUGAUUUCGGCAGGAUCAUCGGGUCGAUACGGGGCCUCGUCGGGGGCGUGGCGGCGUCGACGACGAUGAGGAUCAAGCGCUGGAGCCGUGGGCCGUUGACAAGGUUGCACUCUUCGCCGACGCCCAGCCCACUCGGUGUCGUCUGCGAGGGUGUCAUCUCUACGGCCGGUAACAUCGAGGCCGUCCAGGCCGCCGUGCGCGAAGCCCUCGAAGCAUCUUCGUACUAUGACGCAUCUACCAUGGCGCCUCUAAGCCCAUCAUCAGCAAUUGCCAUUUCUCGUCUCCGAGCCUACAGACCGCCGCCUUUCCCCCUGUGGGAUAAACUACCGGCUCGUAAACGCGCGGCCGUCCUGAUCCUCCUGUACGCCGAUCGAUGGGGCGACCUUCGCGUGGUCAUCACCAUGCGCGCCGCCAGCCUACGCAGCUUCUCCGGACAUGCGGCCCUCCCCGGAGGCAAGGCCGAUAGCACACAGGAGACACCAUACCAGAUUGCUCGUCGUGAAGCUUCCGAAGAGAUUGGACUCCCCCUAGACGAUCGCAACCUCCCGAAACCCUUCCGGGUCGAGCAGCUAUGCUGCCUCCCACCGUCCCUGGCACGGACGCACCUCGUCGUCACGCCCUGCGUCGCCUUCCUCCACGCGGACCGGACCGCGGACACCGUGGCUGCCGACGGCACCGGCGGCGAUGGCGGCGGCCGCCGCGGCGGGGGAGUAGGAGGAGUAGAGGGAGUAGGGGGAGAGUCCGACGAGGUCCGGGUCCAAGAGUCCAUGAUGCCACACCUCGACGCCCGCGAGGUGGCCGCCCUCUUCAGCGCGCCGCUGUACAACUUCCUGCGCGACAGGGACCUGCCCCCCCCCGCCGGGAGCGGCCAGACCCUUCCGGACGGACCCUUCUACGAUGGCUACUGGAAGGAGUUCAAGGACUAUCCCUGGCGCGUGCACAACUUCUACGUCCCCGUCAACAACCAGCGCGUCAUCAAGCCGAGACGCAGGCGGCAGAGCAGCGCUGCCAGCGCCGCUGCUACCACUACUCCGGCACAGGCGCAGGACGGCGCCGGAGCGCAGGAAGCCCUGGCUGACAAGCUGGAUGAGGGCGGCCGCUUCAAGGUAUGGGGCAUGACGGCGCGCAUACUCGUCGAUGCGGCCAGGAUAGCCUACGGCGAGGAGCCUGACAUGGAGCACAACGACAGUUUCGGGGACGCCGACAUCAUACUGGCUGCCGAGAAGGAGGGUGUUCUCAGAGACGAUCCUGGUCGGGGGAAGAUGUAG